AAAGUUCUGAUGCCGUAGUUUUACGCUACAGAUCAACGAAUCACAAUCAUCAAAUUAAACAUAUAAAAAUCGUAUAAAUAGAACAACGCUAAAUAAUUAAAUUAAGUUUUCAGAAUUUAAGUAUUCAAAAUCUUAGAAAAAUGAGUGAUGUCAACAAAUAUAGCCAUAACAUUGUCCCAACUACUGCUGAAGAUAAACAAGUUGUCAUUGACUUUUUAAGAAAAUUUUUCUUCCGAGAUGAACCUCUUAUUUUGGGUAUAAAUAUGCGGGAAGAUUAUGAUUCUUUAGCAAAACUUGAAAACUACUGUUUUAAUUUUAUGGAUAAUGGUUUGGCGUUUAAAGCAGUAUCUCCUAAUGGAGACUUAAUAGGUGUCGUCUUAAAUAAUGUGAUGCACAGAGAAGACGGCGAAAAAAAUAACGAAAGCGAAGAAGACAUAAAAGAUAACACCAAGUUUAGUGUUAUUACAACAUUUUUAGAUAAAGUCGAACGAGAAGCAGAUGUUUUCAAAAAAUACCCAAGUAUAGAUCGUGUAAUGGAUAUAAAAAUAAUUUCUGUAGAUGAAUCAUUUAGAGGCCAAGGAGUAUGCAAAGCUCUAAUUGAUAAGACAAUAGAGUUAGCGCUGGAAAAUAAAUGCCCAAUGGUUUAUAUAGAAUGCAGCAGUUAUUUUUCAGCUAAAGCAGCAGAGAGACUUGGAUUUGAGUGCAUAUAUACUUCGUAUUUUCGAGAUUAUCUAGAUGAAAAUGGUAAAGUCAUUUUUAAAACUCUUCCCCCUCAUGAUUCUUCAAAGGUAUAUGUGUUACAUUUAUAAGAACUUUACUACAGUGGCACAGCUCAUCCUUAUAUAGAUAGACAAUAGACAUAUUCAAUUUUACCCCAACAAUUAAUAAAUAGUAUAAAAUAAUUCAAGCUUUUCGU